AGUUUCGCGCGAGCUUUUCUUGCGUGAGGUGGCUAUUUGGAUGUAAGAGGGAUUUUUCUCAAGUUUUGUGCCCCAUCUCUUCUCCACCACGAUCGUGGCUAAUUUUGUCUCUGCAUCGCGAAUUUUUUAUUCUUUGGGUAAAUUCGCACAUUUUCGAGAGAGAGAGAGUGUGGCUUCAAUCGCGCACAACUUGAUCGGACGCGCUAGUCUUGGAGUUGGUGCUUUUUGUAGAAUUUUUCAGCUACAUAUAGUAGAUGAAUGGGAGAGUAUGAUUUUUUUUUCGGGAGGCGGCGAAACGUAUCGGUGAGGAAGAAAAACUGACGAGUCUGCCUUCGCGACUGAACUGUGAGCACAUUUGGAAUAUUCUUUCAGUUGCGAGUCAGCCGUUGUAUCAGGUCGGUGGUUUCGUGCGCGGGAACCAAGAGGCAGUUUUCGUGGCACAUUAAAAAUCCGGGAUAACCGUUUUUCUCCUCAAUCCUGUGGCAAUCAGGCUUUUUCUUUCUUUCUGGAAAAUCUCCCAUAAGGAGGAUUCAUUUAAGUUUGAUUUAUUUCGUUCUUUCGAGGAAUUUUCUUUAGUGGCAUUGAAGGAGUUUCUUUUUCUGGUGUAGUUCAAGAAAGUAUCUCCUCAAUUUUCUGCUCAUCGAGCAGAAUUGGUGGAAAAGUUUGCGCGAGUAUUCCUCGAUUUUUUUUUGUAUUUAAAAAAAGAGUUUUAGCUCAAGAAACGGUGUGCGAAAUAUGCUUAGUACGUUUAUUUGUUGAGUCAAUACAUACGAAAAAUUGAUUGUUUUAUCGAGACGAUUUGUGGCACAAAUGAAGAGGCAAGUACUCUGUCUUAUCAGCGCACAAGGAGAAUAUUCGCGAGAAUUAUAAUAUAAUUUUUUGAAAGUUUCGGUGGAAAAAAAAGUGGUGAAUUUUCGUUGAUUUCUUCGGAAAAGCGUCCUCCGUUGAGAUUGCACAAGUUGUGUUCAUUUGCAUAAUUAUUUUCUUGUUGUAAUAUAAAACGAAAGAGACAUUUGUGCUGUUUGAGACCGAAAAAAUGCAUUGUAGUGCCUUUUUGAAAUUGAAUUGUCAGUAAAAAAGUAUGAUGCAGACGGUUAAUGCUUCAGAUCAGUCAGUGUACUGUCGCAAAAUCUCAUGGUGUAGUAUUCGUUGUGUGGUACAAAAAGUGCGGAUUAUCAUUUGAUUGCACUGCAAGCGCCAGGACAAGCAUCAACAACUGAUAAGAUUACUCAAGUGGUCAAGAUAGUGUUGGUCAGCAAUUAAACGUGUUCUCAGACACAGCCUAUCACCCCACACGGCUGCGGCGAUCUCCUCACUGCCUCCACUAAAUUCUUUUCACAAUUGACGAGACACACUUGAAGGGCCGCACGAGUAUUGUGAUCUCAAGAUGACAACGCGCUGGAGACAGAAAGUCACAUUUGCAGCAGCCGUGGUACUUCUCAUUGUAGCACUGGGCUUGGGGAUUUUCGUAUGGACAGCCGUCUCGAAUGGGAUCUUCACGCCACGCACCGCCAGCAUUAGGCAUAGGAUAAAUAUCAGUGACAAUCAGGAGUCUUCCAAUGGGAAUAGGAGCUCUCUCAAUGUGAUUAGAGAUUCCUCUAAUCACCACCAUUUACAAUCAUCAUCAUCAUCAUCCACGGCAUCGCCAUUAAAAGAAUUGGAUUCCACGGAGAAGCCACCUGACAUCGACCAAUCGCACUUUGACUACGAAAAUAUUCCAAUGAGCAAUUUGGAGUAUGUGAAACCGUCGAAAAUUCACACUCAACCCCUCCAUGCAGAUGAUCUGCUGUACGAGUCCAAGAAUCAAGAGACUGCAACGAGUAACAUAGAAAAUCAUCGAAUAACCGGACACUUUCGUAAUAAAUCGAGUCGAAUAUGGGACCCACAUCCACAAUAUGAGAUUGAUGCCUUUGGUCUUCAUAUGCAUUUAAUCCUGUACCAGGCUGCCAACUUCAUUCACAAUGACCUAAAGGUGACGCACAUCUGGCCCAAUGAGACAUUACGGCGGAAGGUGGAUCACAAGGAUUACGAGAGGAUACAGGGAUGCUUCUACCGGGGGCACAUCCGUGGUGAUGAGAAGUCCUUUGUGUCGGUGAACCUCUGCGACGGAAUGAGAGGACACAUCCGAACAUCAUCCGGCUCAUUCUUCAUACAACCCGUGGAAAAGUAUACCAGCGAAAAUGAAAAUAUUCUUCAUGUUGUCUACAGAUUGCCCAUUAACAUGCGACCACAUGAUGAACUGGAAUCAAUUGAGGAAAAUUCAAGCAAUUCUGCAUUUGAAAAUAUUGCUGACACACCCAGCGGCGAUGAGGAUUUAGUAUCUUCGAGAGAAUCGGGGGCGCACGUAAGAAGGAAGCGAAGUCAUCAAAGCGUAAUGCCCCACAAUGAGUACACGAUGGAGGUUCUUGUGGCGGUGGACAAGAAGAUGCAGGAAUACCAUGGGGAUGCAAUUCAGGAAUACGUUCUGACACUCAUGUCCAUUGUGUCGAGCAUCUUCUCGGAUGCCAGCAUUGGAAAUUCCCUGAAUGUCGCCGUGGUACACAUUCUCCUGCUAAAGCAUGAUCUCGUAUUGAACUCCAAUCACAUAGGUGUCUCGGCGUCCAGCAUGUUGGCGGAAUUUUGCAAAUUGAAACAGCGCUAUCACAACUUUCAGCACGAUACCGCCCUCCUCUUGACUCGCGAACAGAUUUGCCGGAACGCCAAUGAGACCAAAUGCGACACUCUCGGCUUGGCGGAACUUGGGACCAUGUGCCGAACGACAUCUUGCUCUCUGGUGCAGGACAAUGGAUUGUCAGCGGCAUUCACAAUAGCCCAUGAAUUGGGUCAUGUAUUAAGUAUGCCACACGACGAUGAUCCCAAGUGUGGCAAAUUCCAUGGACCAAAGAAGCAUAAGGAUUUCAUUAUGUCACGUAUGUUGGAUCACAAUACUCACCCGUGGGCCUGGUCUGACUGCUCACGGCACUUUAUCACGGAAUAUCUCGAAAACAACCACGGAUAUUGCAUGAAGAACAAACCGGAGCGAGAUAUGAUUGAGCCUACCAGCGGCAUGGCUAGGCUGGCUGGGGAGAAAUUUACACAAGAUCAGCAAUGCGCCUUGGUAUUUGGGCCAGGCACAAAGAUUUGCUCCUACAUGCCCGUCUGCAGCUCCCUGUGGUGCACGGCGAGUGAUACGGAUGAGCAGGGUUGUCGCACGCAGGCCAUGCCAUGGGCGGAUGGCACGUCGUGUGGUCCAGAUAAGUGGUGUCAGAAGGCUCACUGUGUUCAUCGCAACAGGAGUGCCCUGAAGCCGGUGGAUGGUGGCUGGGGACCAUGGAGCUCGUACAGCGAAUGCAGCCGUUCCUGUGGUGGUGGUGCGCAGUUCAUUACACGCGAAUGCAAUUCGCCUGAGCCAACAAAUGGUGGAAAGUACUGCGUGGGUGCGAGGAUUGAGUACAAAUCGUGCAACACCCACAACUGUCCACCGGGAUCACUGGAUGCCAGGGAGGAGCAGUGUCGGGAGCUGGAUAACAACAAUUUUGACAUUGUUGGUAUUCACAAGAAUGUGAAAUGGGUACCAAAAUACGGAGUCUCACCUGCUGACGAGUGCAAAUUGUAUUGUAGAGUUCAUAAGACCAAUCAUUAUUUUCUUCUUAAAGAUAAGGUGAAAGAUGGAACCCCAUGUUCAUCGCAGAGCUUCAACAAGUGCAUCAAUGGAAUAUGUCGCCCCGCUGGAUGCGAUAAUGUUCUCAACUCAAAAGCAGUCUUGGAUAAAUGUGGGAUUUGCAAAGGGAAGAACGACACAUGCGAAGAUGUCUUUGGAUCACUGAGUCAUCAGCACUUCUCCGAAAAUAUCAGCAAUCGAUCGACGUUCUACUAUCGAGUCACAACGAUCCCCAAAGGAUCGACGAAUAUCGAGAUAACACAGCCUGGAUAUGGGGAUGAUCACAACUACAUUGCCCUGAUGGACGAUCAGGGAAAUUAUUUGCUAAAUGGAGAAAAUCUCAUAACACAAUACCCCAAGACAUUUGCCUACGCUGGCGUUACAUUGGACUACAAUGGAGCAUAUUCAGCCACAGAGCGCGUAAAUUCAACAUACGCGCGUCACUUGGAGCGUGAUCUCAUUGUGGAGGUCCUCUCAGUCCGUCCAAUGGACCGGGAAAUUAGUCAAAAUCUCAUUCAGUAUUCAUAUUCAGCACCAAAGGCACCGUACCGUGUCGAGAAGAGCAUUCCACAGGUCACAUCCACCCCACUGUACAAUCACCAUCGAAAUGUGAUCCACUACGAGUGGAGGAUGGGUGACUGGAACCGAUGCAAUCAGCUGUGCAUUGGCCAGCAAUCUAGGUCAGCAGUCUGCAUUCAAAUGGACACCAAUACAAUCGUUUCUGCAAAUUACUGCCAUGCUCAGCAAAAACCACAGGAUGAGUAUGAAGUGUGCAACACCGAUUGUCGCCUAGAUUGGGAACUCACAAAGUCAGAUUGCUCAAAAUCAUGCGGGGAUGGUGUUCGAACACUCAAAUAUAUCUGCAUCCAAGUCUACGUGCAAUCAUCGCAAAAGCAUAUCGUGGAAGAGUCUCAUUGUCAGCACAUGCCGAAGCCAUCGACAAUCACGUACGAAACUUGCCAAGGAGAUUGUAAAGAUGCCACGUGGACGUACGGUGGAUGGGAACCGUGCACGGAAACAUGUGGAGGCGGAUUGCAAAACCGAUCAGCGACAUGCUUAUCACACAUUGGUGGGUUUCCCAUUGAUGAUAGCUACUGUAGAAAUUUGGCCAAGGAAGAUACGGUACGGAAAUGCAAUAUAGAAUCAUGUCCGGAGUGGGCUUACGGGGAGGAGACACCGUGUUCUGUUACCUGUGGUGAAGGCACAAGAACCGCAGUUAUUUACUGCAAGCAAAAUAAUGCGAUCGUCAAUAGUGUUCUAUGUCGAACUCCUCGUCCAGUUGCUGUGUAUACGAAUUGUACAAUGCCUCCGUGUGCUGUGAAGGUUUUGGACACAUCUACGGUUAGCUAUUUCAACUACGAUCCCCCUUUCUAUGGCCAUCGAAGGGAGAUGUAUGAGGUCCAAAAUGCAAGGCCAUCUUCUACGCCAAGAAGUCUCUCCAGGGGAUUAGUCCCGACAACGACAACAACAACCACCUUGGCUCCAAUUAUAAAGCUUUAUCAGUGGCGUGCUAGUCUCUGGGGUCAGUGUUCUGUUUCCUGUGGCAGCGGUGGGAUUCGCGUGCGAAAUGUGAGGUGUUCCCUCAAGUCAGAGUCUGGUUACGAGUAUGUGGCUGAUACAUUCUGCGAUCCAGCACGAAAGCCAGUUACUCAAUCUAGGUGUUCAGACAUUCGAUGCCCUGAGUGGAACUUUGGGAUUUGGAGUGAUUGCGGGGAUGAUUGUACACGGCGAAGGCAUGUUAUUUGCCAGGAUCAUCGAGGGCAGGUUGAUGAUAAAUUCUGUCCUGCCAGUCUGAGGCCAGCACACAAGGAGAAUUGCUGUCACUACCGAUGGAGGAGCGUCUGGUCGACGUGUUCUGCAACUUGUGGUCAUGGCAUUCAGACGAGACAGAGGGUUUGCAUGCGAUUGAUGCCACGAUCGAAAUCCAAUCCUCGACCUAUAAAGACUGGUAAACGCGUUGAUCAUCGCUACUGUACACCAUCCGGUGCAGUUGUGACGUUCAAGAGACCAACCAAGCCGUGCAAGAAACUCUGCGACUUCCGAUGGGAAACAUCCCCGUGGUCAAAGUGCACUGCUGGCUGUGGAACAGGGAUCACCAUGAGGAAUGUAACUUGCACAAAUGGCAGGAUAGUUUCUCCAAGUGAAUGCAGUGGAAUCACACCAAAGCCAGUGAGUGUGAAAUACUGCGAAGGAAGGAGUCAUUGCUCAUGGAAGCUCACGAAAGCAAAGAAUUGUACGUGCGGUGGGUACAUGAAGAGAAGGUCCAUCUGUAUGGACACACUGAGAAAUAUGCGAUCAAAUAGCUGCCCCCAUAGCGAUCGCCCACCGAUAAAACAUCGCUGCCAACCACCACCAAAUUGUUCCUGUCGCAGUAUUCAGCAUCACACGGGCACGCGGAGUGAUGGGGAGUACAUGGUGAAUGUGCGAGGGCGUGAAGUGAGUAUUUACUGCCAUCGGAUGAAUACAACAACACCACGGGAGUAUCUCACGCUCAAGAUGGGUUCCACGGAGAACUACUCCAUGUAUUAUGAGAAACGCUCGAAGGAUAGAUCACAGUGCCCCGAUAGCAUACACCACAUGUUCACGGAUGAGACAAUCCCAUCGGGGGUUACGCGAUACAGCAAGGUACGCCUGAAUCUGCACACUCUUCAGGUGAUCAACGACGAUUUCGCCUUCACCCACACAUCUGGACACACGCAGCCCUUCGCAUCGGCCGGGGACUGCUUCAGCAUCACAGGGCGCUGUCCGAAGGGGGUGUUCUCCGUGAAUCUCGAGGGUACGGGAUUUAGAAUACGACCGACUACACAGUGGGAGACCAAAGGACAAAAUUCCGCCAUAAUUUUCCAUCAAAAUCUCGAGCCACCGUACUUCAAAGUCAUCGCCAGGUGUGGUGGCUACUGUGGCAAUUGCUUCUCAUCCAAGAAUCAAACACUGUCCCUAGAUGUUCUGUAGAAUCUUGUCUCCAGCUCAUCCUGACUUUUUAUCAUUGUAAGAAGCUUCUUCCAUAGUCUUCACACGGAAGGAGUGCUUUUAUCAUUGAUCUAUUGGCUGCUCCAUUUUCCGGAGUGGUAGAUUCAAUGAUGGGUGAAACCUACUCACACAGUAAUUUUGCCAUAACCCGGAUACUGGCUAGAAAAGCACACGACUACCGGAUGAUGGGUCAUGCGACGGGGGAGUGUGCAAAGGGAAAACACAUCGUCCAAUCAACAGUUUUCUUCUACUCAAUCGCAUCCCUGUGAAAUGUGCAUUUCCGGUGUGAAACUUUCCUACGUCAGUCUGUGGGUACGCUUUGAUGUAAAUUCGGUAAUUUCUUAUUAUAGAUGAGGAAUAUACAUAAUUAAUAAGAUAUAAGCUUUAUUAUAAAAAAAAAAUGCGUUAUUUAUACAUUUUGUGAUAUGUCUUUUUUUCACAUGAGAGACGAAAUUUUAUAAUUAACUGUAUUAGUGAGAAAACAUUAAAAAAAAAACAAGAAAUUGGAAGCAGAAAAAAUGGGGAAAAUUUUUAUGAAAAUUGGAAAAAAGUACAAAACAAUUAAUUUAAGAAUGAAAAAAAGAUUUUUUCAGUUAUUCAUGGAGGUGUAAAAAACAAUUUAAAUACUUCCGCCAUAUUUUUUAGAAAAAUUUUGUGGAGAAAAAUAAUAUAAGAAAUUGUUCCGGCUUAUUGUUUGAAAGGAUCUGAAAUCAAAAUUUUAUUUAUUGGAUUUUUUUCUACAUUAUUCUACACCUAAUGAGCACUUGAAUAAAAAAAUAAAUUUUUCAAAAAGUUGAUUACAAAUUUUUAAAAAACAAAACCUGAAGAAUUAUUUUCGUAUUGCUCUUGGGACACCCUAUGUAACUCGAAUUAAAAUACUCAACUUCCACGAAAAAAUAUUAAGCUGCCGUGUUAAGAGAUAUUUUUAAAGAAAAUCUAAAAUAUACUUUGAGAGACCAAUAUACUAAAUGAAACUCAUAAAACGUAAAAGAUUCUUCCCAUUUUCCUUAUUGUCUUUUUUACCCUUUUUACACAUUAAAAAUAUUUGAAAAAAUAUCUUCAAAUGUGUAACGUAAAAAAUGUAAUAAUUUUUAUAUAAAUGAUUACGUUCAAUAACUGCCGUAUUUUAUUAAGUCCAGAAUUAAUAUGAAUUUUUUCUAGUAGAAUAAAUUGUAUUCUUUAAACGAAGCGGAAGGAGAUUUUUAGAAAAGAAGUUAAAAUUACAAAAAAAAAUGUUUAAAAAAAAGUUCGCCCACAGUUAAGUCUUUCUUAUGUUUCAGCAGCUAAUUUAUUGAUCUAAAAAAAUGCAUUUAUGUUUUUUUUAUUAGAGAAAAAUUACCCCAAAGGAAAUUACGCGAACAUACCCUUGAGAUCUCCUUUUUUAUGAUUUUACUAUAUUGAAGAAGAAACAUCCCCAUUAUGUUUUUCAAUACAACCAGUGCCUGAUUUUUCUGUGGGAACACAUCGCAAUUUCUCGUAUAGUGGGCGCACAAUAAAGCCGAAUAAUUUUCAGUCAACACAGAAAAAGGAAAUUGUGAAAAAAGUAGCGAUAAUAGUGCUUUUUGUAAAAUUGUAAUAAUUAACGUAUUUAUCCAUUAGAUUUAUUUUAUUAUAAAUUAAUUAAGAAAAUAUAUUUUUAGCUUUUAGUGAAGCUUUAAGUCAGUAGAACAAUUUUGCACAAGCAUUCAUCAAUUCAAUUUUCUUUCAUUUCAAAAGUUAUGUGCAAUUUUAUGCUGAGAAUGAAGUGAGUUUUAAUCAUUUCUAAUUCAACAUAAUUUAAUUGGUUCGCAAUUUACAGCACUGGAAUCUCAUAAAGAUUUAUAGAGAGUAUAUAAAAUGUAAAAUUUGCUCUGUACUCCGUAUACAUCUCUCAUCCAUGACAUUAAAUUAAAUAAUAUCGAUACAUUGUGCUUGUUGAUGGAUGUUUGAGGUGAAAUUUUGAUAGAAAAAAUUGGGGAGAAGUUUGGGGACUUUUCUGUAUUUUUUUGAAUGUGAAAAAUACAUAAAUUCAGAAAGGAACGAAGGGAAACUUCUCUCAAUCGUAUAUGUAGUGUAGAUGAAUGUAAUAUUAAUAGUAUUUGAGUAAAAAAUCAAUAAAAAAUAUUUAAAAUGAA